GAGACGAGCGAGCAGAGCGAGCCAGAGAGAGAGAGCGAGCCAGAGAGAGCGAAGAAGGGAGAGCGACGAAGCGAGAAGGAGAGGGAGCGAAGCGACGAGGAAAGACGAGCGAGCGGAGAGACGGAGAAGCGAGGGAAGCGCGAGCGAGAAGGAGAGAACGAGAGAGACAAGAGAGAAGCGAAAGCGAGCAGAGAGGAAGCGAGCGAAGAGCGAGACGAGAAGAAGCGAAGGGAGAAGCGCAGAGAGCGAGAGGAAGCGAAGCGAAGAAGCGAAGGAGCGAGCGAGAGCGAAAGGAGCAGCGGAAGCGAAGCAGCGAAGGAAGACGAGGAAGGGGAGCGAGAGAGGAAGCGA